GUAUAAAUGUUAAUAUUGUCUUACAAAGUGGAAAACAUGAAUGUUUUUAGUUGAGAAAGUCAGAGAUUAUUUAAUUUUGGAUGUAUUGAACAUUGAAUUGAAAUGUAGGUAGAUUUGUUUGUCCUCCUCGGAGUACCGCGAGAAACGUAGAAAUGACCGGGAUGGCUGAAACCGUGAACAAGGAAGCGACAACUGAGCAUAUCAAUGUCAAAGUUCAAGGACAGGAAGGGUCAAUCAUACACUUCAAAAUAAAGAAAAAUACUCCCUUACGAAAGUUGAUGAUGGCUUAUUGCGAUCGACUGGGUUUAAAACAACCUACUGUACGGUUUAUUUUUGACGGAAAUAAUAUUCAUGAUACUGACACUCCUGCAUCGUUGGACAUGGGAGAGGAUGACACUAUUGAAGUUUUUCAGACACAAACCGGUGGCUUUUAAUCACAAGGUCACACCACAGAAUAAUGUAUACAUUUCUGCAUUGCUAUUGGCUCAUCCAUGAACAAUGAUGUACUUGUUAAAUUUUCUAUUACGCAUUUCUCAAUAUCAUUAUCUAUGAAACCAUUUAAGUACAUGCCUGUUUUGAUUUUGUGGAUAUUGGGACAGUUAGCUAAACAUGUAAUGAUGUCAUAUUGUACCCUGUUGGUUGAUUUCAGAGCUUGUAAUGAACUGGUUGACGUGCUGUCAUCUGCAUCCACUAGUUUGUUCAGCAUCCUGUCAGGUUUCGGCUUAAGUUAGUGGCAAUAGUGCUAAGUUAUUCUAUAUUCUCUUAGGUGGAUUUAGAGAGGUUCAUCCGCAAUGUGGUAGGUAACCAUGAAGUAUCGUCCUGACAUUUUUCAGCAUUGUUAAUGGCUUUAGCUGAUGAAAUCAAAAGGAGCACGGUAAAAGUGAUAUUUGGUUUUUUGUAGGAAAAAGGGUGAAUUAUAGUCACUAAGGAGUUGUCUACAUCCUUAUGUGGAGUAGGUGAGUAAGUUUAAAAAGCAUAAUAAUGGUGUAAAUAUAAUUCUUUAUUGAAGAACCGACUUUUCUUUUCCCUGUUAUUAAUCACAGGGUUAGUAAAUUCCAAAAGGCUCCCGUGACUCCAUGACGGCCAUACUAAAAUAUGC